AUGCUAAGUGGAAGAUUCAGUCCAAGAAACUCAACACGACUAAUAACGAAAAAUGCGACUAAACCUAUACCAACCGGACCAUCACUCGAGUUCCGAUGGUCAACAGCUGUAAUAGAUCAGGCGACGAAAGCUGUUCAUAGACCACCAAAUCCACUUCCCCUACUAAUCGAGGAUUCUUAUCGACACAAACCUCACAUAGGCAAGUCAACACGCUCAGAUUGUGGUUCGUCGGUUUCGUCUUCCUUAUCGAUGAAGAAGUCUCCCCGCCGUUUACCGCAUCCGUCCAAUAAACGACAACCGACUACAACCAAGCAAAAUAUACCAGACAAAUCGAUGCAUCCAUCUGUUGAUCGUUGUCCUACGCCGUUUCAACCACUCUUACUUAAUUAUUCACAAUUGCAUCGGUCUAAUCAACAACGAGAACAUGAUCGACCUUCUCAGUCUCGCGCGUCUAUUGAUAAAUUAAGCGAUGUCUCGAUUGUUAAAAGAAAAUUCUCGGUCGCCACCAGUUCAUCCACGGUAUUACCUUCACUCGUCCAAGAAGUUCGCUUACCAACUAAUCAUCUUGUACGUUUACGCAAGCCUCAGCUACGUCUUUUAAAUAUUUCUGACAAAUACAUGCAUGAAGCAAAGGAACUUUAUUUCCAUGCUACAUCAAAAGUAUUUGUACCACGCAUAUCAAAUUUGCAUUUAUUUCAUCAUUUAGAUAAUGCUUCAUAUGAAUCAACAGUCAAUGCAAUUCUUCCAAUAAUUCCUAAUUAUCUCCGACAUCCAGUGUUUCCCUAUAUUUCUUCCGAACCAAGAUCUAAUCUACCAAAUUUAUCAGCUAAUGAUACUCAAACAAUUACACUCCUUUGUCGUGUAGCUGAUGAUCCAUCGGAAACUGACUAUGUCGAAUUUGAGUUCAAUAAAUCACCGAUAAUUGGUUCAUUUGAGCGACUUCAAUCUAAUAUUUGUCAUGAACUUGAUAUUGAUCACAUCGAUAAAUUACGUCGUUUACCUUGUGUACGCGUGCGAAAUGAUCGUGAUGUUGAACGUUUAAAAGAUAAUCAUAUGUUAGAAGUUAUUUUAAUAAAACAAUAA